CUUUUUUUUACUCUCUUGAGAAUUUGGUCAGUCAAUCAAUUCAUUCGCUCCUUUGAUCCUUUUACUGCUGUCAUAUUUUCCUUUCUUCCUUUUUGAUUUUUUUUGGUAUAAACUGUGCGUACGUGAACAAGAUGAUGGAACAGUAUACAACAUCAAGGGAACAGCCACAGCAGUGUCGACGUUCACGGUCGCUUCAGGCCUUGGCUGACUCCAAGCAUGCUUUAUCGUCUUUGUUCUCCAUAACUCGUUUGCAACACAGUGGCUCCAAGCCAACGUAUCAUUCAACGCAUAAUUCAGAAUCAAAUCCAAGUCUCCAUAAGAGACCAACACGGUGGAAAUCGAUAAAGAGGGUAGGCAAGUCGCCCGCCUCAAUUAAUUCCAGCAUCUCCGACGAAGCACUUUUACCACGCAACUACCAACUCAAUAUCGCCAAUCCUGACCCAUCCAUCAACACGGACAAUUCAUCUGAGCAUGAGCCAGACGAUCUCUCCGGUGUCACCACCACGGAGCCCAACGAAUGCCGUAACCACCAUCCGAUCGAAAGCGGCCAAACGGCCAAACUUGAAAAUGAAUAUGAUACGGCAUCCGAAAUUAGCUCUGACGCGGAUGAGGGCGAGCCGCAAGACGGAUGGAAUUCAAGGAAAGCACAACCAUUGGAUAACGUGAUGCAUUCGUCCAUGAUGGAUCCAGAAGUAGCAGACACGCUUCUCGAGUGGAAACGACGAUCGUUACUUGAUAUAGAUUGGAGCAACCUUUUCUCUUUACAGAGUGAAUUAUGGCGUGUUUCUCAGCUCUUUUCCGGUUUUCAGGACGUCAUUACCGUCAGCAAAAAGGAAAUCGAUCUUGUCAAUCGUUAUGGACAAACAAAUCAGUUAAAUUCCACCAGCCUCCAAAAGUUUCUUGACACAUUAUGCUUCGAACGUCUGGAGAUCGAUAUUGCAUUCAGAACAUUAUGGACGGCACUCCAGCUUGACCGCAUGGUGGCUGACAUUGAUCGUCUCAUUGAAGCCUUUGCGAGACGUUAUUGGACGUGUAACAUUUCCGGUAUUUACGGUAGCGCAGCUACGGUAUACAUCACCAUUUACACAUUGAUGUUACUUAAUACGGAUCUUUAUAUCCAUCAAACACAAAAGGAGAUGUCUGAAACGACGUUUUGUGAUCAAAUUAUAGAAACAGUAGAGGAGAAUCGAUCCGUAUCAAACAUAAACAAUGAACCACGCCAUAAAUGGCAACAAGAAAUGAGGAAGUGUCUCAAAAAAGUCUAUUGGUCAUUGCAUCGAACAAGCUUAACGACACUGGUGAGCAACGACAUGGUGGCGACCGCUCGACGAAAAGGACAAGGAAAACCGCGCUCGAAGCCAGUGGUCGUUCAGUCGACGGUCCUCGAUUCCGAAAAAAUGGGCACUACCAUUCGCAAAAGAGCCAUGUCACUGACCACUGGGACAUGGACCCGCCUGCGACGCAAAGAUAAACAAAUGCAUCUAAAGGGACCGUAUAAGGAAGGCCCAUUGGCAUGCAAAUUGAAUCCCAAGGAUUCGGAAUGGAAGAUAUGCUGGGUGAUUCUUGAAAGCGGGUUUCUGUAUAUAUACAUGUAUUCCGCCGAUGCAUCUUUGUCCGACGAUCCGCGUUCGCAACGGAUAAGCUUAUUUGGAAAUGAACAAAGAGGUCAUAUGAUGUCUCCUUCAACCUCGCCAUUUCUUGAAGCUCAGAUCAGUCUUGGACACACUGUGGCCGAGCGAACGACCGAACCGGGACGGACAAAGGAAAAGGAAUGCACAUUUUCACUGACAUUGGCCAAUGGUCGAAUGCAUUUAUUAAAUUGCAGCUCCAACCGCGAAUCAGAAGCAUGGAUCGAUGCCUGUAAUCAUUGGGCUGCCCGUGAGAGCAAAGUCCCUUCUCAGAAUAUUAAUGCAACGUUGUGCAAGUGGAAACCUUCUUCUUAUCUUCCGGGAUCCAGUCUAUUAAAUCAACAUCAACAAUACAAAGCCAUUCAAGGGUAUCUCGCUUAUCUGUACAAACAACAAAAGUUAUCGGAUGGUGAUACGCAAGAAAUAGACCGGGAGAUCCAACGAUAUAUUUGUUACGAAAAGGCUCUGGAGAGGGAAGUUUAAUCAAGAAUGUGAAAAAAAUUGCAACACAAUAAAAAAGUGGCGAAAUUAUUCCCACGCGACCAUUUCCGGCAAUUGUUGGCUUGCAAACAAGAGAGCGUGAUCUGUUUUGGAAGAGUCCAACUUCCAAAUUUGUACGUCACAUGCCCUUCUGUCAAAUUGCGGAGAUUGGAGCGAAUAAGAGGCCGUGGACUUAUCAUUACUUUUUAUAGCAAUUCAUAGACUUUUUAGGGAAUUGCCGUGAACGGAACGGGGAUACAAAAAGCCAUCUAAGCGAACCCGAAGCGAUGAAAAAGUCAUUCCAUGGCAAGGAAAAAAAAAAACACAG